CGGCGAUAUCCACAAGUCCCGGAGUGGAAUACGGCGGCAUGGCACCGUUGACCGUGCCGCCUCCAGGUGCAGCGAAGGAAUCGAUCCGGGUCCAACCCCGAUCCAAGACCACGGCAUCGUCGUCCUUUGCUGCUGACCCGCACCACUCUGGACAGUUGCGUAACAACACCCACACGAUCCUUGGCACCGUUGUCGACGCCGCCCUCCUCCUGCAGCCCUUCCUCGGGUACAUGCACCACCGACGGUAUCUGUCUACGCAGAAGCGCACGGCCUGGACUCACGUCCACAUCUGGUAUGGGCGCCUGCUGAUUCUGCUGGGGAUCGACAAUGGCGGCCUGGGGUUGCAUCUGGCAUCGGACACGCCUGCACAUAGCCGGGCGGGGACAGUCGUCUAUUCUGUCCUCGCCGGGAUCGUUGGGGCCGGGCUCCUUGCUCUGAUCACCCUUGUCACGGUGGGGAGGAAGGGGAGGAAGUCGGAAAGAGAGGGCUAGGAGGGGAAUGUUGGUUGUGGGUGCUGUACAGGUAAAGAGUG